GCAAUCUCUCAUCACCUGCAUCGUUGCAUCCUCGUACACACAGUCACAUAGCGCAUUGUCUUAUGCUUCUGCCCUGCUCAUCGCGGCCUCAAUACUGAUUCCUUGCUCACCCACUUCUCUCUCGUACAUUCUUCGUUCUGAGUAUCCAGCGGCAUCCAACAUCCUAGCACCUUCGACUUCCCAUCGACUCCCUAAAGGCCGUCCCCAUCAUCCCUCUUACGACAGUAUUUCACGGCAUUCUCGCGCAGCGCGCCCCAAUCAUCCGGUCGAGCGGGACACAGCCAUUUUUGCGAAUGCAUCGUCGCCACGAAUAGUAAUUAUCUGUGCAGCGACACGCCUGCAUAGUCUGUCUUCUGCUUUCCAAUCGAUUGGACAAUGGCAGCACAUGAGGAUGUUUAUUGCACUCUCGUCUUGAACGAUGGCUAUCUUCCAGGUGCCGCGGUCCUCGCGCAUUCCUUGCGUGAUGCUGGCUCAACCAAGAAGCUUGCAUGCAUGAUCGUUCAGAAUAAUCUCCGCGCGAGCAGCGUCGAAGAGCUUCAGUCGCUCUACAACUAUGUCAUUCCAAUCGAGCAGAUCGGCAACCCGAGCCCUGCAAACCUCUAUCUCAUGAAUCGCCCCGACCUUCUCUACACAUUCACAAAGAUCAAUCUUUGGAAAUUGACGCAAUACCGAAAGAUCGUUUACGUUGACGCCGAUGUUGUCGCGCUUCGAGCGCCUGAAGAGCUGUUUGAUAUUCAGGAAGACUUCGCGGCUGCGCCCGACGUUGGCUGGCCGGAUGCGUUCAACAGCGGAGUCAUGGUUUUGACACCGAAUAUGGGCGUCUAUUCGGCGCUUCACACAUUGGCGAACGCUGGCGACAGCUUCGACGGAGCGGAUCAAGGCUUGCUCAAUCAGUACUAUGAGCACAAGCCUUGGAAGCGGUUGAGCUUUACGUACAAUACCACACCAAGCGCCAAUUAUCAGUAUGAACCCGCAUACCGGUACUACAAACGGGAUAUAAGUAUGGUUCACUUCAUCGGCAGCGAAAAGCCGUGGCGACGAGGACGCGAUGCUUCUGGAGUGCCUGGCGCAUUUCAGGAAAUCUUGGCCAAGUGGUGGGCAGUGUGGGAUCGUCACUUCGAGGUCUCAACAUUUGACUACAUUGAAGGUCGACGACAUCCGCCUCAGAAGGACCCCUACCGCGCAUCGCCGCAGAAUCAUCAACCGCAGUCUGAUCACCAGCACUUUUACGCGACAGGAUACCCAGCUGCUACGACACAACCUGCUCCACCACCAACAGCAUAUGCGCCACAAACGCAAGUGGAUCAUGAUCAGCCGCACACCUCAGAAACUCCCAUGACUGACCCAGGCGAACCUGCUGAGAAUCUCGAUCAAGGACGCACGCAGCCGACACCGACUGUGGAGCAAAGGCGGUUCUCCGCUCCGCAAAUGGAGUGGGAUGCCACGCGCGGUGCACCUCCAAUUGAGUCAAGACCUGAAGCUGCUCACUUUCCCAGUCAAAUAUAUGAGUUCAAUCAUGAUCCUGAGCCCUUCCGAGCGCCACCCUCAUACCCAGAGCCUCCUAAAGAUAUGUGGUAUGAAGUUCCUAAGGAGAAACCACGUCUAAAAGAGAAGCCACGACCUAUAUUCCCCUGGGAGGAACGCGAGGUUGCGCCACCGACACGACGAUUUAUCGAAGACGAGAAGCCUCAGACGACAGAGCCGGAGGAUCAAUUUGUAUCAGCUUUAGCAGAUGAAUUGGAGGUGGAAUCAAGUACUGCAACCGAUCCAGUACCACCAAUGAUCAAGUUGAACGACGAUAAUCCAUGGCAAGCUUUUGCAUCAAGCAGAAAUGCGUGGGACGAUGUAGCUGGUAUCGAUAGAUAUGUUCGAGCUCUCAAUUCCUACCAAAAGGAUCGCAGCAACCCGAACGCACGCCCGCAGUCGCAAUCUGAUCAAGUUCUGACACCAUCGAACUUGCCUGAUCCAGAAGACCUCGUCCAGCAGGUCGAUCGGCGGAGAGAGAGCUUGAUACUGACGGACUUCCCGUCUGCUAUAGAACGUCCAUCACUACCAGUGACUCCAGCUCCGCGACGACGAACAAAUUUUUGGGGUAGCGAUGGAGAAGCCAAGGAGGAUUUACCCGAAGCUGAAGGAGUUCCGAAUCAAAUCGAGUGGGAUCCUGCGACCCAGCUCGAGAACCUUCGUCGCAACUCACUCCUGGCCACUGACCUCAAGCUUCCUGCCCCACGACCCAUCUCCAAGCGAGAAAUGCCACCGUCUGCUGCUCCCAUCCCAGAGGACGGUGAAGCAACGCCACGUGCCGGAACUGCCGUGACCUCUCCUCAGCAAAGACCUGUCGCUGUUAGCGUCAUUGCUUCUAGUGGUGGCAGUAGCCCGCAUGGGCUAAUACCAUCAUCGCAAUCUGCACCAAUCACAACGAGGAAGGAACAGCUCCCUUCAAAUUCGGACAUCGUAACUGAGAUGAAUACCGCCCUCAACGCCGCUUCGAUUUCAGCGCCCUCUGUGGGUGAAGCCAUAUUCUCGAUUCCGGACUUCAAUGCUAGCAAGGUCGACGGCACAGACUCGGCUGUGCCGAAACACCAUCCCCAUGACGUCGUGCUCUCGCCGAGUCAACCUGAAAUCAUUGAGAUCGACCAAAGUGCGCCGUCCACGCAGCACGUCAGCCGCGUGCAGAGCUGAUUUGCCAUUCAUGGGGUGAAUCGCAGGUGUCGCACUGAACCUCACAGGUGCGUUGCCCAGACUUAGCUUUCAGGAACAGCAGAGAAGGAACAAAGCAUACAACGGGAGAAACAAUUGACCUCCCUCCCCCCAUUUGGCACAUCAAGACUGCACAAUUCGAAACAGCCAAUAAUCUCGUCUCUUUGUGUCAUCAAUUCACGCAUUAUGGUUUUGAGAUGUUCCACAUUCCACAUGGCGAUGCCGGAACCCUUUUCUUUGACAUCAUUCGCAAGGCGCUGGGUAAAAUAAUGCUAGUUCCAUCCAUCAUGAUCGCAUUUGAAUGUCAUCAUCUAUAGAAUCUCGUUCG